CCCUAAUGUCAAGUUAGGCUCUAAAUCCAAAUUCAAAACAUAUAUUUAGCCAUAUUAUGGCUCACAUCAGUCGAUAAAUUGGUGUUAUUUUGCCGUUAGAGGCGCUGGAGAAAUGGAUGGACAAAAAGCGGCUGGUUCUAUGUUUAUGUGUCGGCUGUGCAACCUCUUCUCUCCCAGUCACUCUCUGCUGCUGGCCCAUUGCUCCCAGUUGCAUCCCCAGCAGGAGCCUCCUGAUGACAUCAUCAUCGCACUGCAGCCCCUUGUAGCAGAGCCUGUGGAGACACUGGCAGAGAGCCCAGUGAAGCGAAAGCGAGGACGACCAAAGGGCUCCACGAAGAAGAAGCGCACGGAUUUGACAGAGUGCACGGCUGAUUCCACCCAUUCUCCAGAGGACAAUUUUCAAAGACAAGAAGAAGAAAAUAAGAAGGAAAAGGACCGACAAUGUAACUCAGUGGAAGGUGAAAACCACCAUGGGAUUUCAGGACUUGAAUGCAGAUUCUGCCAUCGCUCGUUCAGCAACAGACGACAGAUCCUCAAACACAUCUGUCUGAGAGACGAGGAAGAGGAGGAGGAGGAGGAGGAGAAUGGGAACAUCUGUGUUGGAGCUGGAGUUGAGGGUUCUGGGAGCUUGGACCCUGGGAAAACUGAUCCAAACCACACACUCCAAAACCCGGUGAGACCAGGACCUAUGAGAGAAAAAGACGUGGGAAGCUUUAGACCCCCAAGAACCAACCGAAACCGCGUCUCCAAAGAAGGCAUACCAGCAACAGGAAACAAAAAGUCAGUCAUCAGCGUUGUUCUGACAGAAGAUGACACUCUACCAGGUGUUUCUAAAAUGGUUCCUGUAGAGGACAGUUUAGCAGAGACAGAGUCUACAGCCAUCAAGAUUCACCCUCAGCAAACUGCAGUCUUCCAGAAUCAGUCACAAGACCUCGCAAGUGAAGCCACCACCUGCGAAGGAAACCCUAAAACAGACCAGGAGCCAAGUUUUAACCCAACCUCCACAGCACCAACAACAACAGAAGCAGCCAGCAGAGGCUUUCAGGAAUAUUCAAUCAAGCAAGAUGCUACCAAUUCCCUGCAGAGCCAGCUGAAGAUCUUUGCUUGCGAGUUCUGUAACAAGAUUUUUAAGUUCAGACACUCACUAAUCGCCCACCUCAGGACACACACCCAGGAGAAACCGUUCCAGUGUCCACAUUGUGACUACGCAUCGGCUAUCAAAGCCAACCUGAAUGUUCACCUGAGGAAGCACACAGGAGAGAAGUUCAGCUGUCAGCACUGUCCUUUCAACUGUCUCAGCCCAGGACACCUCAAGGUCCACAUAGAGCGAGUCCAUAUGAAGGUGAAGCAGCACUGCAGCUUCUGCGAGAAGAAGUACUCGGAUGUGAAGAACCUGCUGAAACACAUGGAGAAACGGCAUAACCUGAAAGACAGUGCAGUCAACCAGAGCUACCAACAACUGAGUUUAAAGACUCGUCAGGGACUCAGACAGCUCCUGUACCACUGUCCCACCUGUAACCGACGCUUUAAGAACCAGCUCGAGCGGGAGCGCCACAUGUUGGUCCACGGGCCUCAGCGCCCCUUCGCCUGCCUUCUCUGUGACCAUGCUGCAACCAAGAUGGUCGCCCUCGCUGCUCAUGUCAGGAAACAUCUCUUCCUAUACGUGUGUUGCGUGUGUGAUGGGAAGUUUGUCAGCUCUCAGAGACUGAAGAGUCACCUGAAAGAGUCUCACCCUGAGCUGGACCAGGAGCAGGCCUUCACCGACUGUAUCAGUAACAGCUACCAUCUCAUACAGCCUGGAGGAGGCAUGUGGGGGGACGAGGAGAGGGAGGACAGGGAGGGAGGGAUGAAGGAAGAGCACAGGCUAGAGCAGGAGGGUGAAGAUGAGAGGAUGAGACAGGAGGGUAGAAGAAAUGAUGUCAGAGGGGAGGAGUGGCCUGAUGGGGAAGUGGAGCAGUUGGAAGUAGCAGCCAGGGAAGAGAGGGAGCAAGAGAAGGAAGGAGCUAAAGCUCAAGGUGAAGGUGCAGAGGAAGUGCAGGUGACAGAAGGAAAGACAGGAAAAGAAGGAGGAGUCAAAAAUGGAGGUUCACAGCAAGGUUCCCAAGAAGUGAUUUCUCCUGAAGCAACGGCUGGGGAGCUGUCACAGGCCAACACAGCAGACUCACGCACCCCUACAGCUGAAAAUAUAGGCAGUCAUGAACAGAACAUGCAGACUUUUUUAAUACCGGAAAGGACAUACAGCCCUCUGCUGGAGGACAGGCCUCAAGAAAACGCAUGCGCAGCAAACAAAACACAGAUAACUUCAUCAGGAAAUGCAAACUUACCUGAUCUGGGCGUACACACACCUUCGUCAUCAGCACCUUCAGGGGAGGAGGGACAAACUCCACAUUCAGAGAAGGAGUCCGAGGUUUUCCAUCAGAGUGCUUUCCACCAGGUGUUUUCUUCUCUUCAGAAGACACAACUUAAUAUGGAGACUUUCCAGCGGCUCAGGAAAAUUUAUGGAGACCUGGAAUGCCAAUACUGUGGUAAACUGUUCUGGUACAAAGUUCACUAUAACGUUCAUGUGCGCACACACACCAAGGAGCACUCGCAUUACUGUACAAAGUGCAGCUACUCGUCAAUCACCAAAAGCUCUUUAAAGCGGCACCAGAUCCAGAAGCACAGUGGCUUGCUGCUGCCUUGUUCUAAUCCUGGCUGUAAAUACACCACACCCGACAAAUACAAACUACAAGCCCAUCUGAGGACACACCAGGAGCAGGGGAAGAGUGUGGCGUGUCCUGUCUGCCAGCACAGUUAUCCAGAGCACAGACUAAAACACCACAUCAAAACAUCCCACCCUGAUACAUUGCCUGUGCAGGGGAAAGGACUGAUGGUGCAGCGUGCAGAGAAGUGCCCUUACUGUGACUCCUACUUCCUAAAGAACAGCAGUGACUUUCAGCAGCACAUCUGGGCCCACCAAGGUCUGAAGCCGUAUGUCUGCAACGUGUGUGACUACGCAGGCCGCAGUAGGAGUAACCUGAAGACUCAUAUGAACCGACACAACACAGAGAGACGUCACCUCUGUGAUCUGUGCGGUAAAAAAUUCAAAUCUAAAGUCACGCUGAAAAGCCACAGACUGAGCCACACCGAUGAAGGGAAACGGUUUCAGUGUUCAGAGUGUGACUUUACCUCGGUCUCUAAACCUUCAUUGCUCAGACAUAUGGAGCAACACGCUGAAUUUAAGCCAUUUCGUUGUGCCCAUUGCCACUACUCCUGUAACAUUGCGGGUCCCCUGAAGCGACACUACAACUUGAAACACCCAGACCAGAAAUAUGAGAAUGCUGGACCUGGACUGCCUAACCCCGAUGCUCUGAAACAGCAAGGUGGAAUGAAGUGUCCUGAGUGUGAAUUUGUUUAUGGCACCAAGUGGGAGCUGAACCGCCACCUGAAGAGCAAACACAGCCUGAAAGAGGUGGAAGGCACCUGGGAGGUGGGUGAGGCAGUAGAGGCCCAGUACCUAUCUGUGGAGGAUGAAGAGCAGCUGACAGAAGCACCUGUAGCGGCCCUGCAUGACAACGUUAAUAUCCAGCAGAUCACUGAGUUCAGUUCAGAGACUCAUGACGCCGUCGCCUCCAUGGUCGCCAUGGCUCCAGGCACCGUUACCGUCGUACAACAGUUGCAGGUGGCUGACGAGCAGGAGGUUGGUAACUGCAGCAACCAGCUGAUGGUGGUGAACGCAGAGGGGGCUCUAACUGGUGACCAGGUGAUGGUGGUGGAGGACGCGCACGGCCUGGAGGCCCUGACAGUCCUUACUCAGGGAGAAAAUGCUCACCACUAUAUUGUUUAUGUUCAGGAACACACUGUAGAAAUCAACUAGUAAUACAGUUUUAACACAAGACUGUUGAUCCAUCAGUGCUGAGUGGAUCAGUGAGCAUCAGUUGAUCAUUUGCUGAAGUGAAGUAAGUAUAACAUGUACAAAUAAGCAAUAACAUCAGGAUAUAGUGAAUGUCAUCAUCAAGAAUUUUCUUCAUCAGUUAUUUUUUAGUCACUUGGACAUUAUGAAAACAGGAAGUGCAAUACUUUAUUUUGUGUUUAUGUGACAUAUUUUGUACUUACAAAGUAUAUUUAAAUAUAGUCUAAUCUGCACAAUUUGAUGCACUGGAGUGGAUUCCUUUACUAGAAAACAGCUUGUUUUGAGUUCCGUUGUUGCUCAAAAUGUUUGAUCCUUUUUUAAUGAAGAUUAUUAUAACACACUUUUAACAGGUGACAACACAGUGUAAUACAAGAUAAAACAGCACAGGCUCUUUAGUAGUCUACAGCAGCAGAAAGUGCUGAACAUUUUGAAUAAAAUGAAAAAGGGAAGCAACACCUUGCAUUGUGAUCUCAACAUAUUUGUUUCUAGUGUUUUGUAGC